GAAGGAAGGAAGGAGUCAACAAAAACAAUUCACAUGCGACAAAGGAUUCCACUUGGUAAACAAACAAAUACAUGAGUCUAGUUUUUUUCCGGAAUAAAUAAUCCUUCCUUCCUCCCUCCACCAUCUUCUUUCUCCAAACAAAUCCCAAUAAUUUUUGUUUAAUGGGUUCAAUUGGGUUUUCUUCUCUGUUUUCCUCCCCAAAAGUUUACAAAAGCCCUUCAGCAAAAUCAAAUUUGGGUUUGAUGGAGCGUUUGAGUGUGGACAUUCAUCGAGCAGAGGGCAGGAAAUUGAACGUGCCACUGUUGGCGCCUUUUACGAUCGCCACAUCGAAAGUGGAGGGAGUGGAGAACGUGGGUAUUCGGGUGGAACUGAAGAAUGGGUGUUGCGGCUGGGGGGAGGCUCCGAUCCUCCCCUUCGUUACGGCCGAGGAUCAGACCACGGCGCUCAGGAAGGCCGCCGAGGCCUGUCACUUUUUGAACAACACUCAGGCCCCCAUGCCUUUGGGUCACCUCUUGAGGGAGAUUGCUCAACUCCUUCCUGGACAUCAUUUUGCUUCCGUUAGAGCUGGGGUCGAGAUGGCUCUCAUUGAUGCCGUUGCAACCAGCAUUGGCACCCCAUUAUGGAGAUUCUUUGGUGGGGUUUCAAAUACGAUUACCACAGAUAUAACAAUACCUAUUGUUUCUCCAACCGAAGCCGCCCAGUUGGCUUCAAAGUAUUAUAAACAAGGGUUCAAGACUUUGAAGCUUAAGGUCGGAAAAGAUUUGAAUGCAGAUAUUCAAGUGCUAAAAGCUAUACGUGUGGCCCACCCUCAUUGUCUGUUUAUUUUAGACGCUAAUGAAGGCUACACUUCCUCCGAAGCUAUUCAGGUUCUUGAAAAGUUACAUGAAAUGGAGGUGACCCCUAUACUUUUUGAACAACCAGUUCACAGAGACGAUUGGGAAGGCCUUGGCCACGUCACUCGAAUUGCCAAAACUAAAUACGAUGUUUCAGUUGCUGCUGAUGAAAGUUGUAGAAGUUUAGCAGAUGUUAGAGAAAUAGUGAAACGACAACUUGCUGAUGUGAUUAAUAUUAAACUUGCCAAACUAGGUGUUCUAGGGGCUCUUGAAAUUAUUGAUUUUGCAAAAGCUUCAGGUCUUGAUUUGAUGAUUGGUGGUAUGGUUGAAACUAGACUUGCCAUGGGCUUUGCCGCCCAUCUUGCUGCUGGUUUAGGAGGCUUUAAAUAUAUCGACUUAGAUACACCGCUUCUGUUAGCAGAAGAUCCAGUAUAUGAAGGUUAUGAAGUCUCGGGUCCAACUUACAAGUUUACAAAUGCUAGAGGCCAUGGUGGUUUCCUUCACUGGGACAAUAUCGCAUGCAUGGAUUACCUGUGGAGCAGAUGACUGGUAGUGGAAGAAAGAUGAUGGAUGCUUUGUACUUGGCCUUUGUUUGUUUGUUUGCUGCUGCCUAUGAUCUCAGCAGUUGGUUGUACCUGGUAGUACCUUAUGGAGCAUCUUGUUUUUAAUGUUUUGUGUUGUCUUGAAGGGUUAUUAAGAAAGCUAGUUGAUUUUCCGCCCGCGUGUUGCGGCGGGGACCUAAUGUCUGCAAAACGCGUGUCGGCAACGGCAAGUAGAUACCAAAUAUCAAAACAUAAAUAAAAAUGACGUACCGAUA